AUGUUAUAAUCAUUUUUACUUAGUUUAGCAUCUGGCAUUGUGCUAUUUGUUGUUUACAUGUAUCAUAGGGCAAAUUUAUCAGAAGGAUCAGCUAAUUAUAGGUAUUAUAAUGAAGCAGUGAAAGGAAUGUCAAGAUGGUUGGAAUAGACGGUUGAUUUAACCUAAUCCCAUUUUUAACCAUGCAAGUAUAGGAGUUUAACAUACAUAGAAAUUGCGGAUAUGAGAUUGCAUUAGUGCAUGAUAAUUAUUAUUGUCAAAGAAGUGAUCUUUUUAAAUUGUUGCAUCCUGAAGUAGUAGUAUAAGAUCAAAUGGUAUUAAGAGAUUAUGGAGGUUAAGAUUUGGCAAGAAAAAUCAUCUAACAAAACAUGUAUGAUGCUUUGCCAAACUUUUUAUAGUCAAGACCUAUUGAAAUUGGAUAUCAUUAAACCCCUCUUGAAACAUCAAUAAUAUAUCCCUAUGCUAAAAAUUAUUUUCGAACACAUACUUUUGGAAAAUAAGCAGGUUGUAUUUUCUAAAAAUAUUUCCAUGUUCCAGGUUAAGAAGAAAUUGCAUUAAAAUCUAAUCAAUCAACACAUUUUCAUAAUUAUAUUGAUAANUACAAACAUUAACACCUUAUUUAGCGAAUUCCUUGA